AUGGCCCUAUUAGAGUUUAUGGAAAGUCAUGGUGAUAUAACGAGGCCUCAGCGAGGGGUUCAAGGACGAUUAAAAGCUGAACUUCUAUGGCACGAAGUAGUAGAUAAACUAAAUUCUAUCGAUGGUGGAGUAAAGAAAUCUUUGGACAAAUGGAAAAAAGUAUGGGUGGACUGGAAGGCCAAAACAAAAAAGAAAGUUUUGGGAUUACACCAUGAAUCAAGUAUGGGUGAUGGUCUGAGCAGACUAACUCUAAGUAAUGCAGAGCAGAAACUAUUGGCCAUAAUGGGCUUCUCUAUUGUUGAUGAGUCUGGAACUAAGAAGAGUGAAUUUGACAACUCACCACCUGAACAAAAUCACGUUCCAGUACGCAGCAAAGAAUCUCUUCUCGCCGAAUUAAAUAUUCUGGAAGUAGUGAAAAAUUCUACAGCCUGUUCAAUCUCUUCAGGGGAAUUUCAUGGCGAUACCCUAGAAUCACCGACGUCAUCAGUAUCUGCAUCUGUACCGAUACCGCCAACAAAAUCGCCCCCAUAUAGACAACAAACGGCUCCACGUAAACCUGCAACCGAGUUCAGUCGCCUCAAGCUUGUAAAGCCUUUACUGUAUCAUGGAAAAACUAAGAGGGAGAUCACUUCUACCAAACACACGAAUGAUAUGCACUACCUAGAAGUGACGAUGGCAAUAGAUAUGGAUGGAGACCAGCAUAUACUAGAUUUGAAAUUAAAUAAAGAUCUAGUAGCAGGAGGACAUAUUAUCAGGUUGAUAGGUGAUAUCAUAGCGCCCUCGAAAGAUAACGAUUUAGAUACCAUAAGGGAAGGUGCUUUAACACGUUCUGCUGUUAUGUCUAAGGUAGCGAAACAAUAUUUUGAUAAAAAACGGCGAAAUGCAUCACCAUUCAAGGAAACUACGUACAAAGAGCCAUUCAGUGCAGACCAAAUUUCUCGAUACUUAGAGUUAGCGCUUGUAGCGGAUAAUGCUCUAUAUAAAGCAUAUGGAGAGAGCAUCACCAAUUUGCACAUGCAUUUGAGGGACAUCGCUAACAUCGUCUAUUCUUUAUUUGCUCCCUGGAACAUUUACGUAGCGCUCGUGGGUGUAGAUAUUUGGACUGAGAAAGACGAAAUAAAGUUUGAAGACGAUAUGAUUGAUAUACUUAGUAGCUUUUUAGAUUAUAGAAAAAUAAAGCUUGGACGUUAUAUACCGAACGAUAAUGCACAGUUGUUGAUAAACUAUAAAUCAUCCAGCAUGGUAUUAAAUGAUGCUAUCUUAGGAUCAAUGUGUAACGAACAAUUAUCUGGAGGCGUGAUCAGAGCUGAUUCACAAGAUUUGGAAGACUCUUGUAUAAUGUGCCCCAAUAUUAGCGAGAAUAAACUACAAACACACAGGUCAUCUUGUAGUUUCUUAUCUUUAAUCAAAACCUUUGACAAAGGCUUAGGUUAUUGUUUGAGAAACAAGCCGAAGCAUCUUUUCGGCUCACCCUUUUGUGGUAACGGUUUUAUUGAAUUCAACGAGGAAUGUGACUGCGGAGUGUAUCCGAGUGUAGCUUGUGCUACAUGUUGCAACCCGCUAACCUGUCUCUUGAAGCUUAACGCGACUUGCGCUUUAGGAGAAUGCUGUGAUCUAUGGACAUGUCAGGUGGAAGAAAUAUUAACAGUUUGUCGACCAGAGAAGAAUGAGUGUGAUUUACCCGAAUAUUGUAACGGAUUUUCCGGAGAUUGCCCAAAAGAUGUAUACAAGAUGGACACUACAGCUUGUUCUCAUGGCGAGGCAUACUGUGUAAAGGGCGAAUGUAGUACACAUAGCGACCGGUGUCAACUGCUCUGGGGAGAGUCAGGAAUAAUGUCCAACAAGAAAUGUUAUGAAACUUUUAAUGUCCAAGGCAAUGAAAAUCGUUACUGUGGUUACCGACGUGGUGAGCAAAUAACAUAUAAAGAAUGUUGUGAACAAGACGCGCUCUGUGGCCUGUUACACUGUGUACAUGACAACAGUAGCCUACAGAUAGGUAUGGGAGACGAAACAACAAAAUCGAACCAAGUAAAUCAAAGCUUUGCCAAUUCAGGUUUACGUCAUUUGACUCAUUUCCAUGAUUGCAAUACAGCUAUGAUAGAUCUGGGUCCGCCUAAGGAGGACCCAGGUUUGGUACCAGAUGGUGUUAAAUGCGGUGAAGAAAUGAUGUGCUUGAAACAAAAAUGCGUAUCUAUAGCAUCCAUACGUCAAGGUAUUGCUAAAAUGAAAACAUCCAUUUGCCCUUCGAAUUGCUCAGGAAAUGGCAUUUGUAACUCCGAAGAUCACUGCCAUUGUUCCCCUGGUUUCGAACCGCCGUUGUGUAAUCGCGCCAACGUCCGAUCCAUUGACUCCGAACCGACAUAUUAUAUCAAAUCGGAGGAAACUACGUUACCA